GCACAAGCCAACCAUCAAUAAGUUUUUUUCUUUAAAACAAAAAAGAGAAGAAGCUUUUGAUAUGAGGUUAAAGAUGUUGGAAUCAGCCAAGCCCUAUUUUGCAAUGGUAUGCCUCCAAUUCGGAUACGUUGGCAUGAACUUGGUGACCAAGGUUGUGCUUGACCGUGGCAUGAGCCAUUUCGUCCUUGUGGCUUAUCGUAAUGUCUUUGCCACAGCCGCUCUCGCACCUUUCGCCCUUCUCUCCGAGAGGAAAGGGAGGCCGAAGAUGACGUUCCCAAUAUUCAUGCAAAUAUUUGUACUAGCUCUUCUUGGGCCUGUGAUCGAUCAGAACCUAUAUUACGCUGGUCUUAAACUCACUUCACCGAUUUUUGCCGGCGCCGUCACCAGCAUCGUGCCUGCUUUGACCUUUAUCAUUUCCAUAAUUUUCAGGAUGGAGAAGGUGAAGACGAGAAAAGUAAGAUUCCAAGCAAAAGUGGUGGGGACAUUAGUGAUAGUAGUUGGAGCCAUCUUGAUGAUUUUAUUCAAAAGUCCUUUAAUCAUCUUUCUUCGGUGUCACCUCAUCGGCGAGGACUACCUCAAGGCCACCGUCUUCCUCCUCAUCGCUUCACUUUCGUGGGCUUCUUUCUUCGUUCUUCAGGCGGCUACUUUGAAGACGUACUCAUCUCACCUUUCAUUAUCCACGAUGGUGUGCUUCAUGGGAACGUUACAGUCCACAGCCCUAACGUUUGUUAUGGAACCAAGCCUUUCAGCAUGGAACGUCGGCUUUGACAUGAACCUUCUAGCCUCCGCUUACGCUGGUAUAAUGACUUCGAGCAUAGCUUACUACGUUCAAGGGAUGAUGAUGACGAAGCAAAAAAACCCUGUCUUUGUCACUGCUUUUAACCCGCUUAUUGUCAUUUUUGGAUCCAUCAUUGGCGUCCUUGUCCUGGGCCAAAGAUUAUACGUUGGCGGGGUUCUUGGAAUGGUGAUAUUAAUGAUGGGAGUUUGUGUGGUUCUGUGGGGAAAGGAAGGGGAUGAAGAAGAGAACAGCGAUGAGGAGGAGGUGUUUGUAGAAGUUGUCAAGUGUUGUAAAGGCUGCGGAAACAAUAGUCUCUCGAUGCCAAGAAUUGACGAAGAAGUAGACGUUGAAAUGCAAUCUACAAGGAAAGCUAAGACCGUGGUGGCUUUGUGGUAGUCUCCUGAGUAAAGAAAUGUUCACGAGCUUAGUAGAUGUCUCAAAAGUCCAAUUUUUUGUUAAAUAGAGGAGCAACUUUUUAUUUUUUUUUAUUUGUUCUAUAUUCUGCUCCAACCUUUUGCUUUUAGUUUUUGUUUUAUAAUCUUCUUAUUUAGUAGGAAUUAUAUAUUAAAUAAAUGUUUUAAAUC